AGUGGCAACCAGAUGAAAGAUGUCUGUGCAGAGGACCUCCUGGGCAGUGCUGGUUCUAUGGAUCACAUUGGUCGCCAUACCAAGAUAUUCUUAUUCACAAUCGAAUGGUCUUGAAAGACAAUACAACUUCACACACAAAUCUAUCCGAUUGGUGGGCGGAAACAGCGAACUAGAAGGACGUGUUGAAAUUAGAAUUAAUGGGGUGUGGGGGACGAUUUGUUAUAACUCAUUUGAUUACAGCGAUGCAGAUGUUCUGUGUAGGAUGUUGCACAAUAACUUAAGUGCCUUAGACUUCUACAUGGACGGACGAUACGGAGAAGGCACAGGGCCUAUAUUCUACAGAGAUCUGCAGUGCAUAGGAACAGAAGACAACGUUCAUAACUGCUCAAGCGAAACCGGUGAAACAUGUUAUCACGGUCUAGAUGCAAAUUUCCAAUGA